AUGAUACAUGUGCUGUUGUAUCAGAGGCAAACUCCAUUUCUCUCUCUGACUUUCUUCCUCAAUCCGGAGAUCGAUCAAAAUUGUACCAACUUGGAACUUGGAGCCGCCUAUUGUGUUGAAGCUGUAGGAAGCAUUAGCACGUACUCUGGCUAUCCGACUACCACUUCUACGCCAUGGAUUACUGUGCUUCCAGCGACCUUCUCCUCCGUCGAUACUUUGAUUCCCACUUCUACCAGCGGAGUUGGUUAUAACUGCACAACUUCUCUCCUCCCCACUGCUUCUGGUACCAUUCCUGGGUGUGAGAGGUAUCGGAACUAUGACAACAGCUCUGAGGCCUACAACGACUGUUCAUACGUUGCGUUUGCCUAUCAAGAGACGACAGAUGACUUAUUGCAAUGGAACCCCAGUCUUUCCACGAAUUUAAGCGCAUGUGAUUUCCAGGCAGGUUAUAGCUACUGCGUGAAGCUCACAAACCUGACGACAACUCCGGGUGGCAGCUACUGUGUUCCAGUCAAUUCUACGACAGUUGUGGCCGGAACCGCUGCCGAUUGUGACUGCUUCACGGUCAUCCAUGGCUAUGAUCAAGGCUACACUUGUUCAGACCUUGAGAGUGACUAUUUGAUCACUGAGCGUGAUCUGAUGACUUGGAACACAUGGCUCAGCCCAGACUGCGACACCAACCUCUUUGCCAAUCUCAGCUCUUCCGACACGCGCCCUGUCUGCGUCGCGGUAAACGCCUCGGCGCCUACUGGGAGUGCAGCACCUCCACCCACGACGACCACUGCUACUACUACUACUGGCACCAUGGGCCCAACACCAACAGGCAUCGUGGCUAACUGUACACAAUAUCACACAGUUCAGUCAGGCAAUACAUGUGACUCCAUAGAGGCGUCGUAUGGAAUUUCAUUUACCCAGUUCUACGCAUGGAAUCCAAGCAUUGGAAGCCAGUGUGAGAACCUCUGGCUAGGCUAUGUCUACUGCGUGAAUGGCCCAAUUGCGACUGGAACCGGGAGUGCUCCUGUGGCCCCAACACAAAUGGGAAUUGUCUCGAACUGCAAUGAGUACUAUACUGUCGCAUCAGGCGACACCUGUAGCGGCAUUGAGUCGCAGUUUAAUGACACAUUCGCAGAGCUGUAUCAGUGGAACCCUGCCAUUGGCUCAAACUGCAAGAAUUUGUGGGUGGGCUACUUGAUCUGUGUGGGUGUUUCAUCAUAG